UUUAAUUACAAGAAAUCCAAAUAACUUAGACUUCUACUCUCUCUCCCCUUCUCCUCCUCCCACAACACAAAGAAACACACAUAAAAACACACACAGAGUCUUAGAGAGAGAGAGAGAGAGAGAGAGAGAGAGAGUUCAAUGUUCUGCUUCAUUCCAUGGCUCUUACAACAAGUUCAGAGUCUCAUUCAACCUCUACAAAACCAACCCCAACUCCUCCACCAAUCGAAGUCGAGUGUGUGAAAUGCGACUCUUGUGGGUUCACGGAGGAUUGCACCCUUGCAUACAUCUCACGAGUCCGGGAGCGUUACCAGGGCCGUUGGAUAUGUGGGCUCUGCGUUGAGGCCGUGAAAGAUGAAGUCUUGAGAUCAGAUAGGCUCAUCUCCACCGAAGAAGCACUGAACCGCCACAUAAAUUUUUGCAGGAAGUUCAGAUCAUCAAGUCCUCUGCAUAAAGAAACAGAGCACCCCAUCUUUGCCAUGGGUCGGGUUUUCAGGCGGAGCUUGGAUACUCCGAGAGCUCUCAGGUCAAAUUCUAGCUCUUCUCUUGAUGGUGUCGAAAGUGUUCGCGGCCCAGCGCUUGUUCGUUCAGGAAGUUGCUUCUCUUCUCUGUCAAGGUGAAUGGUUAGAGCAAACUUUGCAGGUACAUAUGAAACAGAGGAACUCUGUUUUUUUCUUAGAUAUGAUAACAAAUUGGGUAAUUUUGGCUGUUUUUUUUUUUGCGCUCUAAUGGAUUGAUCUUAAUGGAUUUUUAAGAUAAUUGCUGAGAUAACUAAUAUGACUGAUCUAAGAUUGUUUGUUUCUCUAGACUUUUUCAAUGUAUAUAUAUUCCAUAAUUUAAUUUGCUUCAAAUAAAUUCUUU